UGAGAUCCCAAAAAUACCAAAUAAAAAUGGGAUGUACUGGGCAAGAGCGCAGAAGCCAGAGGAGGGAGACGGACGCAUAACAGCCGGCCCACAGCUUGUCGGGCGGUGCCACUGACAGACAGGAGAGGGAGGAGCAGCGCACACAGACACCCAGCACCCUGCAAUCCAUGCAUCUGCUCUCUCUGCCCAUGGAGCAACCGUAGCGCUGCAAGCAAAGAGACACAGCCCCACUGAAAGCUUCAUCUCCAGUUUGGUGGCUGGAGGAAGGAUACCAUCGCUAGUGGCAGGAAUUGCACAGGCUAUCAAGAUGCAGCUGCACUUCAAGCAAUAUUGUGGGAAUCCAGAGCUAAAAUAAGGCAAUGUAAGGAGCACCAGUGAGAUCUUCCACAUUAUCAGUGAGAAAUAUGGAGGAGCUCUAUAAAGAAAACCAAGACUUGCAAAUUGAUUUGAACAGCCCUCCUCCCACCCUUUCUAACAACAAGCUGGAGAAUGGGGUUACUCAGCUAAUUACGGCAGAAGCAUGGAAUAUUAGUCCUUCAGGCUUAAUGAAAAAAGCCCUUUCACCACUAGUGACUGCUCCAGCCCCGGCCAUUUUGAGCCCGUCCUCGGAUUCCCAGAGUGGCGUAGCCUUGAAAAUGGCCGCAACUGUACUGCAGCCAAUCUGCUUAGGUGAAAGUCCUGUAGUGUUACCAAUACACUGGCAGGUAGGCGGCACACAACCACAAAUGAGCACGAAUGGCAGCACCCCCUAUGUAAUAACAGCACAAGGCCCUGUCCCACUACCUGUGCUUUUGGAGCAACAUGUGUUUCAGCAUUUGAAUUCACCUCUGGUUUUACCCCAGGGUUCUCCAUGUCCCCUUACCUCUCUUCAGAGCCACAUCUUCCCUCCAGCUGCUCCAUCGGUUGGCCAGCCACAGAUUCUAGAUCAGAAAACUUCUAGCCCGAUACAGGAAGCAGUGCUGCCGCCAGUUUUUACAGCUCCAAGUUUUCCUUCCAUCUUGCAAGAUUUCUUCCCAUCACCUAAUAGCUUGGGGGCACCAUCUCCGUGUCAUAUACCUCCAGAUUAUGCAUCCAGCAAUCUUCACUCAAUUCCACCCCAACUUUUUAGCUCAUCGCCUUUGUCUCCGCUUGUUCCUCCUGCAACCUUGUUAGUGCCGUACCCAGUGAUUGUCCCACUUCCGGUGCCAGUGCCUAUACCUAUCCCAAUCCCUAUCCCAAUGUCGCACUCGGAGACAAAAGGCAGCGCAAAUGAGCCAAAAGCUACAGUAGAAAUUCCAAAGAACUGCAAGGAAACCCAAACCCCUUUGGAAAAAGAAGAGGUCAAGCCAUUUGAAACAGCAGAAAGAAGAGCGCUUUCUCAGUUUUACCGCCACUCUGUCAUUAAAAUGAGCAGUGAAAAUGAAGCACUAGACCUAUCAAUGAAAACUGAGCCUUUGGUUCUAAACACUGACAUAAGUAUCGAAGUGAGACAAGAUGAUGGUGUUCUUGAUCUGUCUGUCCCUGUAAACAAAAGAUGCCCCAAUACAAAUAGUCACGGCAGCACCAGUAUGCCUUGCGCAUCUCCGUCUGAGCCUCGAAGCCAUCCCCCGAUUAAGAACAGUCCGACUGCUGCAUCUUUUAGUUCCCUGCUGGUUCAUCACGAGCUGGCACCGAAGCGGGACAGCAAAGUUAUCUGCACCAACACUGCCGAGCUGCUCCGCCAGCAAAAAUGGAUCCCAGAGCAAAGCGCUAGAGCUGCUUACGAGCCAAAAACCAGCAACAACAUUGAACUUGUUAGCAGCUCCCAGACAACCAAAGUAAUCGUGUCAGUUAAAGAUGCAGUUCCUGCCAUUUUCUGCGGCAAAAUAAAGGGGCUUUCUGGCGUUUCCACGAAAAACUUUUCUUUCAAGAAGGACUUGCCUCAGGACUCUGCUGCUCAGUGCUAUGAUGUGAAGAGUCAGGCCGAGCACAGGGAAAACGCAGAAGCACUACGCAAACAAAUUAAAAACAGAAGCGUAAAGUUAAAGAAAGUGAAUUCACAAGAGAUACAUAUUCUUCCAAUAAAAAAACAAAGGCUGGCUGCCUUUUUCCCUAGGAAAUAACACCCAGUCCAAGACCAGGCAUCUGACGUUCCAUUGCUGUAAAUUCCCCAAGGUCAUAAUCUUGUCUCAAUAAACUUAAUUCUAUUCGUUACACAAAGGGAUGGGAGCUCUCCAGGUUCAGUUUAGUGUUGGUGACUGUGAAAGGAAGACUUUUUGUUGUUGUCGUUAAAAAUGUAGUCGUCUCUGUACUACAGGGACCUGUACACGAGCCGAAAGCAAGGGAACCAUCCUGCCUUUAUAUACGCCUUUGUAAUUUAUUACAGUUGGGUGGUUGUGGGACACUAGAAGUCAAUAGCCAGAGUACCUUUUAAGCUUUUUUUUUUUUUUAAAUCUGUUUCUUGUAUCGGCAAGUCCAGGAAAGCAACCUAUUUUUAAAUGGAUUGCACAUUUUAUGCAGCUUUUCCUAGAGGUCUGGACUGGCCAGGGUUGUUUCUACUGCCAAGGACUGCUUCAAUACUGUAUUUAAUAUUGAUAGCUACAUUGCAUAUUUAAAUAAAUGUUUGUAUGUGCUAGUCA